UGGAAUAUUAGUCGAUAUAAAGCUUUGUGUGUUUGUUUUAAAAAAAAUUUUUUUAUCGAAAGCAUUACACUAAGCGCAGCAAAGGCGCCUGGAACAUGCGCUCGGAUGGGGGUAUUGGGGGAUUAUGAGAUUACGGGUGUGUGAGAGGGCUACCAUGUGCCUUUGUCAACCGCUGUCAUUCGCACACCGCCGUUCGCCAGGAACUGGCAGCAGGUCCGUCGUCCUAUUUUCCCAGCGCCGUUGUGACAAACGCGGUUUACGUGUGGCGCCGGGCGAUAGCGAGCUCAUUUUUUCGCCCGUCUCGCCUCUCCGUUCCGGCGAUUCGUGUGUUCGUUCCCCCCUUUUUUUCCAUCACGCAUUUUGCGCCGAGGUUGGAUUGUUACUUGGAACAAUAGCGAGUCACCCUCGUGCAUACAGCUGCUCACUUGACCCGGAGAAGCGGGGAUAUCGCGUCUGGUUGCUGUAGUUGCAUGGUGUUUCGGGGUGCGGAAGAGAAUCAACAAAUGCAGAAAAGGGAGAAAAGUUUCGGUAUACAAAUGCUCUCCGUCCAGCCAGACACCAAGCCGAAGGGCUGUGCUGGCUGCAGCCGGAAGAUAAAGGACCGCUACCUGCUGAAGGCGCUGGACAAGUACUGGCACGAGGACUGCCUGAAGUGUGCCUGCUGCGACUGCCGCCUGGGAGAGGUGGGCUCCACCCUCUACACCAAAGCCAACCUCAUCCUGUGCCGGAGAGACUACCUACGGUUGUUCGGCGUGACGGGGAACUGCGCGGCCUGCAGCAAGCUCAUCCCGGCCUUCGAGAUGGUGAUGAGGGCCAAGGAGAACGUCUACCACCUCGACUGCUUCGCCUGCCAGCUCUGCAACCAGAGGUUUUGUGUAGGAGACAAAUUCUUCCUGAAGAACAACAUGAUACUGUGCCAGACGGACUAUGAAGAGGGUCUAAUGAAGGAGGGCUAUGCGCCCCAAGUCCGCUGAAGAGCCCCCCCCCCCCCCCUCCCCCACUGCAUUCUGCC